AUGACCACUAUAAUAACAGUUAUUCCUUUCUUGAUUCUUUGUCAGCUGCUUCUGCUUCUGCUACUACCAUGUCACCGGAACUUGGCUUAUGCCGCCGGUGGAAAGUGGGAUUUACUGAUGUCCAACAUCGGUAUUUCCGCCAUGCACAUGCAACUCCUCAACAAUGACAGAGUUGUCAUGUACGACCGUACUGACUUUGGCGCAUCUAACAUCUCGUUGCCUGAUGGCAAAUGUCGCAACAACCGUAAUGACCUCACCCUGAAAGUCGAUUGCACUGCUCACUCUGUUGAGUAUGACGUGUCCACAAACUCUAUACGACCCCUCAUGGUCCAGACCGACGUGUGGUGCUCCUCUGGCUCUGCUACUUCUGAUGGUACUUUGGUCCAAACUGGUGGUUUCAAUGAUGGCGAAAACGUUGUAAGAGUUUUUAAACCAUGCGAUGGAAAUAGAAGCACCUGUGACUGGAAGGAGAUAGGAGGUGCCCUAAUUCAAAGUCGGUGGUAUGCCACCAAUCAUGUGUUGCCUGAUGGCAGACAAAUAAUCAUUGGUGGCCGUGAUGCUUUUAACUACGAGUUUUAUCCCAAGACUGCUUCAACCAACAACGUAUUUAGCCUGCCUUUUCUUCAACAGACUAAUGAUCCUAGGGAGGAGAACAAUCUUUACCCGUUUGUUUUUCUCAAUGUGGACGGAAAUCUAUUCAUUUUUGCGAACAAUCGAGCCAUCUUGUUCAAUUACACAAAGAACGCGGUGGUGAAGACGUAUCCUCAAAUACCUGGUGGCGACCCUAGAAAUUAUCCAAGCACGGGUUCUGCAGUUCUUCUUCCAUUAAAGAACUUACAAGCACAAACAAUUCAAGCUGAGGUUUUGGUCUGUGGUGGGACAAAAAGAGGCUCAUACCUCAGCGCAGAAAGAGGUAACUUUUUGGGUGCAUUAAAUACUUGCGGUCGGAUUACUAUUACAGACCUGAAUCCACAGUGGACCAUGGAGACCAUGCCACUAGCUCGAACAAUGGGUGACAUGAUGAUUUUACCAAACGGAAACAUCUUGAUCAUCAACGGAGCGGCCUCGGGCACGGCUGGAUGGGAACUUGGUAGGAGCCCCGUUUUGAUUCCGGUUACUUAUCAUCCCGAUAACCCAUCUGAUUCUAGAUUCGAGGUACAAAAUCCAAAUACUAUACCAAGAAUGUACCAUUCAGCAACAAUUUUGCUUCGAGAUGGUCGAGUUCUGGUUGGUGGCAGUAAUCCACAUGCGCGUUAUAACUUCACAGGAGUACUUUUUCCAACGGAGUUAAGCUUACAGUCAUUUUCACCAUCAUAUUUGGAUUCAGAAUCUGCAAAUUUACACCCCCAAAUCAUUUCACCCGCUUCCCGACGUAAAGUCAAGUACGGGGGGCGGGUCAAUAUUCGAUUUACUGUACCCGGGUCAGUUAAUAGGAAUUUGGUCAAGGUAACAAUGGUUGCACCAGGAUUUAACACGCAUUCAUUUACUAUGAACCAAAGAAUGCUUGUGCUUUCAAGUGGAAACGUGACACGAGUUGGAAAUUCAACUUAUAAAAUCAAUUCAGUCUUUCCAAAUUCGAGUAAUUUAGCACCAACAAGUUACUAUAUGUUAUUUGUGGUUCAUCAAGACAUACCUAGUGAAGGAAUUUGGAUCAGGAUUCAGUAA